UUUUUUUUAUUUUUUUUAUUUUGGUUUGUUGGUUGCGUAUUUGUAUUUCAAGUAUUUUGACCUCAAUACAACCACCGUGUAAUCAUCACCAAUCUCUCUCUCUCUCUCUCUCUUUCUCUCUCUUUGUUUGCCGGAAAAGGAUUCUAUCUCUCUCCGUCUACGCCUCCGUGCGUCAUUUCCCGGACUUAUCGCGUAAAAAUUUUCAUUCCGUUUUUCUUUUUUCUUUUUUUUUUUGAAAUAAACAGAUAAAAGCUCCCCCUUUCUUUCUUUCUUUCUUCUCAAUAGUCAAUAUAACCGUUCAUUCCUCAAUCCAAGCAAACCUUCUCUCUCUCUCUCCUUUUUCUCUGUCCUUUCUUCCUCAUUCGCAAUCACAAGAUAUCGCACCCUAAGACUAUGAACACCCUAAAAACCAACGCAACCGCUGUCGCCGGAACAUUUUUCCUCCGUCGAGUCUGCCUUUUUCCGAUCCCGUGAUUUCUGAAACAAUUGUGUGAAUAUAUAUAUAUAUAUAUUUGUUUGGAUGAUAAUUCCAUAUGCAUCCCUUCUGUUGUGUCUCAACGGUCUCUGAACAUUCACCCGCGAAACCCCCUCCUUUGCCUAAUCUCCCCAUGACUCCUGCUACGUCUUUCGUCCAUAGAUCCGAUUCGUCCGCACGAGUCGCCGCCGGUCACGGUCAGAGCAACCACCACCAUUAUAAUAAUCACAAUCACAAUCAGAUUCCGAGUCAGAAUCAUAAUCAUAGUAAUAGUGAAUUCGGGAGGCUGAGCCAGCGGACCACAGCGAUGGCGGCUAUGGCAGCGGCGGAGGCGCUGACUAGGAUGCCGUCAGCGAGGGAGCAGCAGACGGUGGACGUGAAGAUCAAUAACCUGGUGGGAAAUGGGAUUUCGGGGAUACUAUAUAAGUGGGUGAAUUAUGGUAAAGGUUGGAGGCCUCGGUGGUUCGUGUUGCAAGAUGGAGUCCUGUCGUACUACAAGAUUCAUGGACCUGAUAAGAUCGAAGUCACUCUGGAAACUGAGAAAGGAUCCAAGGUCAUUGGCGAGGAAUCUAUGCGAAGGAUUUCUAGGCAUAAGAAUGGCAACAAUCAUCAUCUCCGGCGCAAGCCUUUCGGUGAAAUUCAUUUGAAGGUUUCCAGUAUCCGUGAAAGCAAAUCGGAUGACAAGAGGUUCUCAAUCUUCACUGGGACGAAGAGGCUGCACUUGAGGGCUGAGACACGUGAAGAUAGAUCGGCGUGGAUGGAGGCUUUACAGGCUGUGAAGGACAUGUUUCCGCGUAUGUCCAAUAGCGAACUAAUGGCCCCAGUGGACCAAGUGACUGUGUCAACGGAAAAGUUGAGGCAGCGGCUUAUGCAAGAGGGUGUUAGUGAGGAAGCCAUCCAUGAUAGCGAGCAGAUUAUGAGAAGCGAGUUUUCGGUGCUGCAGAAUCAGCUUAUGCUGCUCAAGCAGAAGCAAUGGCUACUAAUGGACACAUUACGGCACUUAGAGACAGAGAAGGUUGAUUUGGAAAAUACCGUGGUUGAUGAGAGUAGACAGCUGAACGAUUCUGGGGCUUCCUCUAGCUUAAGACAGGACAAAUAUAGCGUCUUUUCAGAAGGAAGUGCGAGUGAAUCUGACGAUGAUAAUGAAAGGGUUGAUGCUGCCGAAGAAGAAACAGAUGAUGAGGAGAACACCUUUUUUGAUACACGUGAUUUUCUGUCAUCAAGUUCUUUCAAAAGUAAUGGAUCUGAUUUUAGGAUAUCAUCAUUCUCUUCAGAUGAGGAUGGUAUAUACGCGGUUGAAUCUGAAGAUGAUAUUGAUCCAUCCAUUAGAUCUGUUGGAACUAACUAUCCUCAUGUAAAGCGGCGUAAGAAAUUGCCUGACCCUAUUGAAAAAGAGAAGGGUGUCAGUCUUUGGUCAAUGAUCAAAGAUAAUAUAGGGAAGGACCUCACCAAAAUUUGUCUUCCUGUUUACUUUAACGAGCCUCUCUCCUCUCUACAAAAAUGUUUCGAAGAUUUAGAGUAUUCAUAUCUCCUUGAUCGAGCACAUGAAUGGGGCAAAAGGGGUAAUAGCCUAAUGAGGAUUCUAAAUGUUGCCGCUUUUGCUGUAUCUGGAUAUGCUUCAACUGAAGGAAGAAUAUGCAAACCAUUUAAUCCAUUAUUAGGGGAGACAUAUGAAGCUGACUAUCCAGAUAAAGGCCUCCGAUUCUUCUCAGAAAAGGUCAGUCAUCAUCCAAUGAUUGUUGCUUGCCACUGUGAGGGUAAAGGAUGGAAAUUUUGGGGUGAUAGCAAUUUGAAGAGUAAAUUUUGGGGCCGCUCAAUUCAGCUUGAUCCUGUUGGUCUUUUAACGGUGGAAUUUGACGACGGAGAAAUUUUUCAAUGGAGUAAGGUUACAACAUCAAUUUACAACCUCAUAUUGGGAAAGCUCUAUUGUGACCACUAUGGUACAAUGCGUAUACAGGGGAAUCAUGACUAUUCUUGUAAGCUGAAAUUCAAGGAGCAGUCUAUCAUUGACCGAAAUCCUCACCAAGUACAUGGUUUAGUACAAGAUAGAAAUGGAAAAACGGUAGCAACACUUUUUGGAAAAUGGGAUGAGAGCAUGCAUUAUGUGAAUGGAGAUUGUUCUGGGAAGGAAAAAGGAUUGGAGUCUUUAUCUGAUGCCCAGUUGCUCUGGAAGAGGAGCAAGCCACCCCAGUUUCCAACAAGAUAUAACUUGACACGCUUUGCCAUCACCUUGAAUGAACUCACCCCUGGAUUAAAGGAAAAGUUGCCCCCUACAGAUUCAAGGCUCAGGCCUGAUCAAAGGUAUCUAGAAAAUGGGGAGUAUGAAAUGGCAAAUUCCGAGAAAUUACGGUUAGAGCAGAGGCAACGGCAGGCCCGGAAGAUGCAAGAAAGAGGUUGGAAACCACAGUGGUUUGCAAAGGACAAAGCAAGCGAUACUUACCGCUACAUUGGUGGAUACUGGGAGGCCAGAGAAAAAGGAAACUGGGAUUCAUGUCCUGACAUCUUUGGCCAAAUCCCUUGUGAUAACUUACUCGAAUAAGUUGAUUGCGGUCUUUUGGGUUCCCGAAUUCUUUUUCCAAUUUUUUUCUCAGUAGGUCUCCGCACUUGAGCUGCCCCAUGGCAUGCAUGUAAGUAAAAUUGGAUGAUAAAUAUCGAUUAAUAAAAGAAAAAUAUUUUUCCCCGUUCUCUUUGUUUCCAUCUAUUAUGCUAUGAUGCGGAUAUGAGCAUAGCGACGUAUUGGAACCGCCUGGCAAGGGGUUGGUGUUCUUGGCUGUUAAAAAACAGAGUGGAUGCUGCACUUGAUCAAGGCAUUUUCAAGUGGCUUCUAAUUGCACAGGUUGAAGAGAAAACCCUCUAUUAUUUUUUUCCAUUCUCAAGAAAAGAAAUUGAAAUUAAGAUUCAUUUUCAUUCCUGCCUCCACACCCUUGAGCUUUCACUGAAAUUUUUACCUGUAGUUAACAGAAUUUGUUUCAUUUAUCUUACUGUGAAUAGCUCAGAGGUAAUUUGUUUGAAGUGGCUGUAAUGUUGUUAUCGAGAUUCUAAUCAAAGAAAUUGUUAUCUUUUA